AUGCUCCUCCUCCCCUCCACCCUCUUAGCCCUCCUCCACCUCGCCCUCCCUGCCCUCUCCCAUGCCUCGCCCCAACCCCCUCUCCUCUCCUCCACAGCCGACAUAUCCCUAAUACCACGCCACACCCUCUUCCUGCGUCAACUCUCCAACCUUCAAACCUUUGACGGCAAACUCGGCAACACGCCCGCACCCCCAAUCACCAACUCGGGAAAAGACGACCGACCCUUUGAAGUCGAAGGAAAUACGUUUCCAGACUUCGAAACUGCCGCCCAGAGAAGUUGCGACGAGCAGCUGCAAGGAUGCAGUCGCGAGGCGAAUCGGAAUGGGGGUGGUGGGGGCAAAGAUGGAGGGUUAAAGGUUAAUGAUUGUGAUGAGCAAAAGAACAAAUGCCUCGAUGCGCAAAAGAGUGCCAAGGUCAAAGACUUCAAGUCUGCGGUUGCGAGUACAAAUAUCGGGCCUGAUCCGGAUUUCCCAGAGUUUGAUCUGAUUUGUGAGGGUUGA